AUGUCGUUAGAUAUACAAGCUGUCCGCACCGCUUUCCCCGCCCUUGCCUCUGGAUACCUCUACGCCGACAAUGCUGGAGGAUCGCAAUGUCUCGGCGACGUCGUCUCCAGGAUCUCGGACUAUCUCCUCAACACCAACGUUCAGCUGGGUGCAGACUACUCAGUCUCCGUGAGCAGCACGAAUCGCGUUUCGUCUGGCGCAGAAGCUGCGCGAGAGCUCUUUAACGCCGCCAGCGUCGACGAGAUCGCGUACGGGAGCAGCUCCACCAUGCUCGUCGAGAACCUUGCACGCGCGAUCGAGGCUGAUGUACAGCCAGGGGAGGAGAUCAUCGUCACUGGCGAGCACGAAUCCAACGCCGGCCCGUGGAAGAGGCUCGCUGCGCGGAAGGGCGCAGUCUUGAAGAUGUGGAACGCGACGCAGCUCCCACAGUACCCGGACAACCCGUACGCGGUCGGCCUCCAGCUGGACGCGCUCCUGCCGCUCAUUUCGUCCAAGACGCGUCUCAUCGCCUUCACGGCGUGCUCGAAUAUCCUGGGCUCCGUCGUUCCAGUCAAGGAGAUUAUCGCGGCCGCCCGCGCGCUGGCCUCUGAACGCGGCGCCCGCAAGCUCGAGUUCUGCGUGGAUUGCGUCGCGUACGCGCCGCACCGGCAGAUCGACGUGCGCGCAUGGGACGUCGACUACUGCUACUUUUCCUUCUACAAGGUAUACGGACCGCACACGUCCGUUCUGUACGCGCGCGCGGCCGCGCUGGAGCAAUCGCUCUCCUCCCUCGGACAUCACUUCCUCAAGGUCGACACGAAGCCGUACAAGCUCCAGCCGGGCGGCCCGGGGUACGAGCUCGUGUACGCCUGCACGGGUGUGCCUCCGUACCUGCGCUCGCUCGCGCCCGAGGGCACGCUGGAGGCGGUGUGGGGGGCAGUCGCGCAGCAUGAGCAGAAGCUGCUUGCGCCUCUACUCGUAUAUCUGCAGAGCAAGGCCUCGCGCGGGGUGCGCAUCGUCGGGCAAGAGGACGCGGGCCUCGCGCGCGUGCCGACGGUGAGCUUCGUCGUCGUUGGGGAGCGACCGAUCCGCAGCCCGGACGUCGUGCGUGCGUUCGACGCGAAGGGGAAUGUCGGAAUUCGGUACGGGCACUUCUACGCGUACACGCUCAUCGACACGCUCUCGCCCAAGGUGGACGUCGACGACGGCGUAGUGCGCAUCUCGCUCGUGCACUACAACACCGUCGAGGAGGUGCAGCGGAUCAUCGCCACUCUGGAGGAGGUCCUGGCGUAA